AUGUCACAGGGUAGCUACUGUGAUUCCUUGCGAUCUUGCUACGGCACGAAAAGUACAAAAACGCAUAAUCGAACCGGCUCGCCUGGUGGUAUACGUAGUGCUGUAGUGUUUGUGCGAGGUGGUGGAGUCUUCCGGACGUUGCGCUACGAAGCCGGUGUUCAUCGUGUACAGAGGUUUCCCGUUACGGAUAGAGCACGUAUGCAUACGAGCACGACUGUUGUAGCUGUUCUUCCUGAGCCCGAGAAGGUGGAAGCCUGUGUGACAAAGGAUGAUGUGAAGGUCGAAACAAUGAGGGCUUCGGGCCCGGGUGGUCAGAACGUCAAUCAGAGAUCCACUGCUGUUCGGCUGACACAUCGUGAAACUGGCAUUUCCGUACACUGCAUGGACGAGAGAACACAGUCCGUCAAUAUGGCGGUAUGA